GGGAGGUCUCGUGAAAACUACGUGAAUUUAGAUUUUUUUUUUUUGGUCAGACGUUGAACUUUUGAUCUCGUCCCUUAUAUCAUAAUUGGUAGUGUAUAUGGCGUGUAAAACGGUGCAUUUAUACACAUAUUGAUUUACGAGUUAGAAUUGACACCAUGGAUGAAUUCAUGGGAUAUGUUUGGAGGCAAUGGUUUAAUAAUUCAAUAUUUCAUGUGAAGAACUGGAGUGUAUUUAUGGCCUCUGUGAGAACAAACAACGAUCUAGAAGGUUGGCACAACCGAAUCAACUCCAGAAUGAACUCCAGAGGACGAGUCCCAUUUUACCUCCUAUUAAAAGAACUGUGCAAGGAGGCCACUGCCAUCCCCAUGCAGGCCAGGCUGCUGACGGAAGGGAAGAUGGAGAGACUACACAGGAAACAGUCCUCCAGACUCAAUGGCAAACUCUUCAAACUUUGGGAGGAAUACAAUUGCAGACAGAUCAGCACCACCCAGCUGCUGAGAAAGUGCUCAUACUUAUAUGGACCUGUUGACAUCUGAUGUGUUGUGUUAAGUGUUAAUUCAGCGGUGUUGGGGAAAAAUGUUAUUUAUUUGAUUGAUUGAAACUGUAUAAUGGUAAACGUUUGUUUGACAUAAGUAAUGCUAAAUAAACCACAUUUAAAAAUGC